GAAAAUGGUUAUGGAACAAAAUAGCAAUUUGGGUGAACAGGUUGAGGAAAUUGCUGCCGGGCAUCAUGUUACCCCCGUUGAUAUGACAACUGCAACAAGCAAAAUUCAAAUAGAAGCUUCAGAAGUCAGAAAUCCAAUAAAUAAGCCAAAUUGGACUUCAUAUUUACGUUCACAACUUGUUCCACAAAAUGAAUAUAAUUUUAUUGUUGCAUUGGAAGGAGCUAAAAGUAAGGCAGAACGGACAGAAGUAUUAAAUAAAGACCGUUUAAAUACUGCAAAAUGUUUAAUUAAUUUGGUUACCGAAAUUACAAAAGAACAAUUAAUUCGUUAUAUUUUAACUAUUUUUGACGAUUUAUUACAGGAAGAUAAGUCUAGAGUUGAAAUAUUUCACGAAUAUGCUGCUCGUCAAAGAAAAACUAUUUGGUCGUGGUUUCAAGGAAUUUUGACUAGAAAUGAUGGUUUUAUUGUUAAUCAAAUGUCUACAAUUUUUGCUAAAUUGGCGUGUUAUGGUUCUGUUCGUAUGGAAGGGCAGGAACUUCAUGCUUAUUUUAAUUUUUUGAGGAUGGAAUUAAGAAAUACUUCUAAUGAAUAUAUAAAUACAUCUGUUAGGUGUUUACAAAUGAUGCUUAGAAUUGAAGAAUAUAGAAAUGAAUUUGUUCAAUGUGAAGGUGUUCCAAGUAUUUUGACAGCUUUGGAUGGAAGAACAAAUUUUCAACUUCAAUAUCAAUUAAUUUUUUGUCUUUGGUGUUUAUCUUUUGACUGUAAAAUUGCUCGUUAUAUCCAAAGUAUGGGAGUAAUUCAAACUUUGGGGGAUAUUCUUUCUGAAUGUUCAAAAGAAAAGGUUGUCAGAAUUAUUUUACAUACUUUUCGAAAUUUAUUGGAGAAAAUAGAUAAUAGAGAACUUGUGAGGGAGUCGGCACUUCAAAUGGUUCAAUGUAAAACUUUAAAAACAUUGGAAUUAAUGGAUGCUAAAAAAUUUGAUGAUGAAGAUUUGUUGGAAGAUAUUGAAUUUCUUUCUGAACGUUUACAUACUUCUGUUCAAGAUUUGAGUUCAUUUGACGAAUAUUGUACUGAAAUUCGUUCUGGUAGACUUCAUUGGAGUCCAGUACAUAAAUCAGAAAAAUUUUGGCGAGAAAACGCUCAGAGAUUUAAUGAAAAGAAUUUUGAAUUAAUAAAAAUAUUAAUACGAUUACUCGAUUCUAGUGAUGUUUUGGUACUUUGUGUUGCUGCUCAUGAUGUUGGAGAAUAUGUCAGACAUUUUCCACGUGGAAAAGAUAUUGUCGAGCAAUAUCAAGGCAAACAAGCGGUAAUGAAAUUGUUAAGUGCUGAAGAUCCAAAUGUUAGAUAUCAUGCACUUUUAGCAAUUCAAAAAUUAAUGGUACAUAAUUGGGAAUAUCUAGGAAAACAAUUAGAUGUAUCAGAAGGAAAUAAGGGUGGGGGAGGAGAUGAUAAUACAAAAAAUAAAGACUAA